AGUGCUGCUCAUUCGGUGCGUAUUGCUUACUGCCCACGGAAAUCGAAAUUUAUUUAUUAGGUUGGGCAUUUUCGUCUCUUGUUAUCACAACAAAUUACGGUGGCCAGUUUGUUGAUAAGAUAACAAGAGGCGUCGUUUGAAAAAGUUUAAUCGAAAAGAAAUUCCUUCUGAUUGCCACUCUAGUAUUGAAAGCUAUGAGUCAGCGAACGUCGUAAGACGAUAGUGUAAAAGUCAGUCGUGUUUUCAAUUAGCUUGCAUCAUUACUGCUGGUAAUCGUAGCAUAUGGAAAUGGAACCAGCCGCUGUAAAUCCUACCGAUCUGGCUUCUCUAAAGGAGCGAAUGAAGAUUAUCGCCGAUGCUGAUCCAAAGCAGUAUCAUAAUGAGUUUUCGCUAAAGCGAUAUCUACGAGCAUUCAAAACUGUAGAUGCAGCGUUCCAGGCCAUACUUAAAACUAACAAAUGGCGCGAGGAUUACGGUGUCGAAAAAUUGGUGAACGAUCCUGCCAUUGAAGCUAAUGCCAAUAAGGCACGGGUUCUGAAACAUCGGGAUUGCAUCGGAAGGCCAGUUAUCUAUAUCCCAGCUAAAAACCAUUCAUCUGAGCGAGAUAUCGACCAACUGACUAAAUUCAUCGUACACUGUCUGGAUGAAGCCUGCAAACGGUGCUUCGAGGAGGUCACGGACAAUCUUUGCAUUGUAUUUGAUCUCGCUAACUUUAGUACCUCUUGUAUGGAUUAUCAGCUGAUCAAGAAUAUGAUUUGGUUGCUCAGCAAACACUAUCCAGAACGGCUGGGCGCAUGCCUGAUUCUGAAUGCUCCGCUGGUGUUCUCCACCAUCUGGCCGGUAAUUCGUGCUUGGCUUGACGAGAAUACAUCCAGCAAGGUAUUUUUCGUAUCAGGCGAGGAGGAACUGUGCAAGUACCUUAUCCCGGACAUUCUUCCAACAGAUAUGUAAGAAGUAGAGUACGCUAUUAUGAACAAAAGUAUGGCAAAACAAGGUAUUGUUCUAUUAAAAGCUAUUUCAAAUGAGAUUACCUAAUUUCAAACAUAAAAUUUAUGCGCCACGUUUUCGCAAUGGUGUAAAAUAUUUUAUGUUAGAAAUUUAUAGGCAUCUUAUCAAGUGAGUGAAGUUAGAUGAGCUCACAAUUACACUCUAGCUCAGAUCAAAAGUGAGCUUAAUGUGAACAGAUAGAACUUUGUAUAGUGCAAUUAUUUGAAAAACUAUUUACACUGUAGUCUCCCUACAAAAGGUUGAUUUAUGUUUAAGCAAAUGCAGUUACUACAAUGUCAAAUAGAGCAUGAUUUACUCUCAUACCCAGACCAACUUUCCACUUUUGUUCACUGUUCAACGAUAUUGUUGAUAUCUUAUACAUUCCGGGGUUAAUAGCAAACUUUUAUAGUAAAUGAACUGUAACCGUACUAAUCCACCUUAGGCACUACGUAAUAAUAUCGAUACUUAAGUAGUAGCAACCCUAAAUGAUUGUGCAAGCGAGCUCUGAACUGAGUGGUCGUAUGAUAGGAUUAAAAUGAAUAAAACUGUAUGUA